AAAAUGUUUUUUCAGAGGAAGAUAUGUCCUCAUUUAGACAGUGGCCUGAGUAGUAGAAAAAUGGGGUUCGUGCAUGCGGAAUCGCUCUGUAAUUUCGAUAUUUCUCGAGAGGCGUUGACAUGGUCAGUUUGUCUGUACAUGUCGUGCAUGAGCAGGGCCAAGCUGGCAUGCAAGAACAGGUUCAAAGGAUGAUCCAUUUUCUAUUAACACACCUAAUUCCUUGCCCUUACUAAGAUGACAUGAGCGUGGAUGCAAUGAGUGGCCAGUAUAUUUGUUCGCAAAGGAGUAAGAAAAUCAGAGUCUCUGUGUUAAUUUAGCCUUGGCGCGUAUUCAUAGCUCCGGCUCUCCGCCACUGUGAAUUUCCAACCUCUCCUUGCUCGCUCGAUGCUAAAAAUGGACGCGCCAGGGGCACUAUUUGUACGCACACCGGCCACCCGGAGUUCCGCAAGCUAGCCGAGCUCCUUGACAUCCGGUGCCAAGUCUCGGCGGCAUUGCUCCCUCUUCACCCCUCGCGCCUAGCUACCCAGCAGUGACGCGGGCAGACGGCAUGAAGGGGAGCGGUGCCAUGAAGCCGUCGUCCAUGUUCUACGUCCACGAGGCGGACGUCGCCCAGAUCCACCACUUCCUCGAGGAGUGCUCCCUCUGCGGCAAGUCACUCUCCGGCGACAUCUUCAUGUACAGAGGUGACACGCCGUUCUGCAGCGAGGAGUGCAGGCAGCAGCAGAUCGAGGUGGACAGGGCGAAGCACCGGCGGAAGAAGCGCGCGGCGGCGCACACGCUGUCUACACGCAAGGAGCACCGGAACCACCAUCAGCACCAGCACCAGCACCAGCACCAGCAGCCGCAGCCGCGGAAGACCGGCAUGGACACGAACCCGUGGGCCGACGCGGGGUUUGCGAGGGCGCCCGCGCUGCGCGUCUGAAGAACCCGCCGCACUUCCCGCGCGCGCGCGCACGGUCGACCGACCGAUCGGGCGCGUCGGACGGGACAUUUUUUGCGAGUUCUGAUGCGUGCAGCACGACGGAGAUAUACCACUACUACUACCAUGCGCGAAUCCUUUCGGGUUUAGGGAUCGGUUGCACUAGUGCAUAAGUACAGGCCCGAGGAUCAGGCUCGGCAUCGUCGUCGUCGGGUGACUGAUUGGCUUGGGUUUUUGUUACUAGUAUCUCCCAAGGUUAGAACUGUAGAGCCAUGCAACGACGACUGAGGGAGAGCCAUGGAUGAUGCAUGGGUCUCCUCCACUUCUUUUUGCCUCAAAUGUUGGCUGUAGUUCUGCUUUCGUGGAAUGAAAUACGUAUGAUUUUUCCUACCAAACGACCCGAGUUC